AUGUCAAGAGAAAGAGGAUUAUCAGAUUAAUUUAAUAAUGAUAGAGAUAAGAUAAGAUAAUUAGAAUCUAACUUGACAGCCUAAUAUGAAAAGUUAUUUGGUCUUGACAACAAUUAAGAAAUCAACCAAUAAUAAGAAAAACCUAAUUAGGAUUAACCACUUGAUUUUUUGAAUCAACUUAUUGAAUCAUAACCUAAAAGGAAGUAGAGUUUCUGA